GUGAGAGGAGGAAAGCAGAGGGCAAGGAGAGAAGCCCGCCUUCCAAACGCCCCUUCCUGCUAAUUCUGGGCCCAGCUCUGGGGCUACAGGGAGCAGCGAACUUCGGUCGAAGGACUUGAUUGCCUUUUCCAGUCAUCAUGCUUUCCCCAGCCAGCUAGGCUCAUGGAAGAGCCAAAUGUAGAAGGUCCAGCGCAAUAUGGAAUAUGGGUUGUCUCUCGUGACCUGCUUUGUUACUCCUCACUCAUAUCUGCCGAGUCUCGCCCUUGAAUCCCCUCAUCUCGGAGCGCUAUCUCUGCCAAAUACUGCGUCGUCGGUCGAGUCUCGGAGUCCAGGUCUCCUUUUCUCCGGAUCAGGCUCGAUGAUGCGGAAGACGAGACCUAUGCAACACGAGCAUCAGCAAUUACGUGUAGAUAUAACAACUAGGAAUAAAUUGAAGCAUGAUGCAUGCGUGUCUUUCUUGCUCUGGUUGCACAUAACUUGGAAUGCAAACAGAGGGCUCUCUCCACAGUGACACCUUGAUGAGAGUGGAAAGCGGGCCCGUGUUCCGUAGUUCGGCAAU